CUGUCCCCGCCCCUCGUUCCAGAGGCGUGGUGCGGGUCUGACGCGUGCGUGCCGGAAGCCGAGUGACUCCCAAGAGUCUGGCUGGAGCUUUGAUUUGUGAGCAGAGGCGGAGGAGACGCGGACAGACUGGCGGCUGGCGAUGUAUAGGUUUAUUUAGCAUGGAUACAGAGAUGAUACCAAAAUUCUCCUCUACGGACGAAGAAAUUAAUUACUGGAAAUCCCUUUCAUUGAAGUAUAAGCAGAGUUACCAAGAAGCUCACGAGGAACUGCUGGAAUUCCAGGAAGGAAGCAGGGAGUUGGAAGCGGAACUGGAAGCUCAGCUGGGGCACGCAGAGCACAGGAUCAGAGACUUGCAGCUGGACAACCAAAGACUGAAAACCGAGGUGGAAACAUUAAAGGAAAAACUUGAACAACAAUAUGCACAGAGCUACAAUCAGGUAUCUAUGCUCGAAGAUCAGUUAGGUCAAACAAGAGCCAUCAUAGAUCAACUACACAAAUAUGUAAGGAAGCUGGAGCAGGCAAAUGAUGACUUGGAAAGAGCAAAGAGGGCAACAAUUGUGUCAUUGGAAGAUUUUGAGCAGAGGCUGAAUCAGGCCAUUGAAAGAAAUGCAUUUUUGGAAAGCGAGCUUGAUGAAAAAGAGUCUCUGCUGGUGUCUGCACAGAGAUUAAAGGAUGAAGCCAGAGAUCUCAGGCAAGAGUUAGCAGUGCGAGAGAGACAGACGGACAUAACAAGAAUGUCUGCACCCAGCUCGCCAACUCUGGACAUUGAUACGAUGGAUUCAUCUGUCCAAGCAUCCCUCUCGUUGCCAGCUACUCCUGUAGGGAAGAGUGCAGACAAUGGGUUCACCACAACAAAAGUAAUACCAAAUGGCUGUGGCAGUUCUCCAUUAACCCCAUCUGCAAGGAUAUCCGCUCUUAACAUAGUUGGGGAUCUCUUGAGGAAAGUAGGGGCAUUAGAAUCAAAGCUGUCAGCUUGCAGAAAUUUUGCCAAGGACCAGGCAUCCAGGAAAUCGUAUGCAGGGAGCAGCCACCUGAUGAACAGCAACAGUACAAAGUUUUCACAUUCAUUGCACACAACAUACUUCGAUAAAGCCAGGGCAGUGAACGGGCUUGACCAAGGACCCCGAUCAGGAAUGGAUUCCCCAAGAUCAUCCCCCCCACCUGGCAUGCUCCAGCUCAGUGUCUGAUGAAAGCCAUGAACACUUCCCCGCUUUACUGACUGAACCAGAAGGAACAAUGUGUUAUUUAUUGAACUGAAAAAAAAAAAAUGUAUAAGAAUUUAAGACUUAAAGUACAGUUCACCUGUUAGCUUGUUCCAUUCAGAUCUGCUCACAGAUUUGUUUGGAAUCAGUUCCAUUUCAGCUGUUGCAUGGUUUACUUUUCACAAGGUCUUUUACCUAGAUAAAUGUGCAACAUCCUUUCCUGGUUUCAUUAUUAAGCAUAGUAUAGCACGGUGCAAUAUUUUGAUGACACACUUUAUUGACAAUCCUUUUGGUAAACGUGGAUUUGUUUUUAUAAAUAUAUAAAUAAGUAUAUUCAGAUGAGAUCUGAUGUAAAGGUAAGGGAUUUAAUUUAAGCACUUGUUUUUAAAAUACAAUAUUUAUGUUAAUUUAGUUGUUUUUUAUUUUAACUGUGGUAACCACGCUAUGUGUUUUGGGUUAUAAAUAGUAUAUGUGGACAAGUUGUUUUUUGUUUUUUCAGAACAGCUGCUUUUUGAUAUCUGUAGGGGACUUGCUGCUGUUGUGGUUUUUGUUUUAUGAAUGAAAGAUUGGGAAGCCAGAAAAAAAAAAAAGGUAUACAGGUUCGAUCCGAUUCCUGAAAUGGUUAGUGAUUUUACUUGCUAGAAAAUUCAUGCCAUAUGGACUUCCCACUUAGCAGUACAUUUGUUUUGCACCUACUUAGCACCCAUCCAAGGCUUUUGAACUUUUUUCCUCUAAAGAUGGUAAAAUACACCAACUUUUGAAAGGUGCACCAUGGAUCUAGACACCUCACCGCCAGCCUUGGUUACAAACCUAGUAGUAAGCAGGGUUAAACAGCGUUGGAAAGUCCUGCAUGUAAUAUAGUUAGUUUUUUCUUUCUGUCAGCAGUGUAAUACACACACACACACACACACACACACACACACACAUAGACACAUUUCCCACUAGUACAUUGUGUCUCUGAAAUUUUGUAUUUGUGAUAUUUUCCGUUUCAAUAUGCACGUUUGGUGGAUUUGAAACCCAUCAAACUUGUUUGGUUGUUUUUUUUUUUUUUUUCCUGUUAACUAUCACAGAUUGUUGGCUUUCAAGAGUUAUGUUUGAAACAAAGUUUCAAUUUUAAUAUUGGAAAAGUGGUUAUUAAAACAUGAUUCGGAACACUAGCAUAACAGUGCAGUAUACGUUUCUUUAAAAAGACAGUAUUUUUGUGCAUAUGUAUUUAUUUAAUUGGCAUAAUACUUGCUGCAUUGCCUGUUUACACUUGUAUAUAGGUUUGUAAACAUAGUAACUUUGCCUAAGACGUUUGUAUAGAACUUAGGCUUUGUAACUUUAUUUAUUCAGUUUCUUCAUGGCAUGUAUUGAAAUGAGAAAGUGCAUCAUAAUACUGUUGUAACAGGUCGCAUAUCGUGAUGUAGAACGGCUGUCUAAAUCUAAAAAUAAAGAUCUUUAAAAAAAAAAAAAAAAAAAAAGUGUAAAUGAAGCCCGUGUUAGCAAUUGUUUUUACAACAAAUUAUUUUUACACCUUGAAGUUGAUACUGGAAACAAUAUACAUUUUGCAUUUAAAAAAAAAAAAAAAAAUGAAGCUUUUGGUGGUUUAACUUCAAAUACUUUAUUUAGACAGGUUUUUUUUUUUUUUUUUUU